AUGCGGUCGCGCUGGGUAUUCACACAGCCUGGCUGCUUCAUCCGCGCUGUGCUAUUCCAUACUCGAAUACAGCAACACUCUACACAACGACUCAGUCCUUCGUCUCGCAAUCUCUCUUCGCGCGCAUCAUCUCGAAAGACAAGGACACCCAAGUCUCAGGCGGCGGCUCCUACGACACUGCUGCAGCCGCCCGUUUUGAUUCCUUCAGCGGCAUAUCUCUACACGCCGCCGAAGCGCGACAAGAUGUUGCCUCAGAGCGUGCAAAUCCCGGGGCUGACCCUGAUUAACAAUCUGUCACCCCAUGCCAUUGCGCCAACAUCAGAAGGCGGCUUCAUCAACGCUGGGUCGGGUCCCAGAUCGCAAGGAGCUGCUGCGACGACGACGACGACGACGACGACGACGACGACGACGACGACAACGCAAAAUCCACCUCUGAGGAAAAAAGAGAACAAAAAGGCAAAGGCGAGAAGGUUGUUGGCUGAAGCAGAAGCACAAGCGCAAGCAAAAGCAAAAGCAGUUGUGAAUCAUAAUGGAUAUGCGCAACCUCCAAACCAGCCCUAUAAUCCCAAUGGCUUCAACCACAACAGCCACAACAACAACAACUUCAACACCAACGCCGCCGCCAUGCGAAUCCCUCCAACUGGCCCUCGCAUCUUCACCAAAGACUCCCCUCGAGACCCCCGCGUCGCCCCAAGCAAAGCCUCCGGCGGUAUCCCAAAUCCCACCCCUCGCUACCUCGCCCAGUCCCUGACGCCCUCAUCCUCCCUCCGCCAACCCCGCCGCAUCUUCGUUAUCAUGGACCUCAACGGCACGCUCCUCUACCGUCCCAACAAGCGCAAUCCCUUCAACUUCAUCCAGCGGCCGCACGCGCGCGAGUUCCUCGACUACUGCAUCGACACCUUCCACGUCGCCAUCUGGUCCUCGGCCCGGCCCGAAAACGUCGACAAGAUGGUCGCGCAGCUGCUCUCCCCCGCCCAGCGCGCAAAGUGCGUCGUCAUCUGGGCCCGCGACAAGCUCGGCCUCUGUCCCGCCGACUACUCCGCCCGCGUCCAGGUCUACAAGCGCCUGACGGCCAUCUGGAACGACCCCCGCGUGCUCGCUUCCCACCCGGCCGCGGCCCACGGCCAGCGCUGGGACCAGACAAACACCGUGCUGGUCGACGACUCAAUCGAAAAGGGCCGCAGCGAGCCGUACAACAUCCUCCAGUUGCCUGAGUUUGAGGGCCUCAAGACCGAGCCGCUAGAUGUCCUUCCGCAGGUCCACGAUUAUCUCAAUACGCUGUGCUACCAGGCCAAUAUAAGCAGCUACAUACGAGACCGUCCUUUUCAAGUCAACCCACACUAUACAUUAACGCCACCACCACAAGACUUCCAUAUGGGAUAG